AAUAACCCAAUAGAAUAAAUACCCUUAGUUUAUUUGCCGUUUACGUUGAAGAUAAUAUCGUAGAGUUAUAGUCAACGAUGGAGUCAUCACCGUUACAGGGCGCAGAGAGUGUUCGCGUGAAGGCUGAGCCCUUUGAGGAUGUGUGUACAGAUGAGGGCACUUUCGAGGUAGUGUUUGUGAAAGAUGAGCCUCUGGAUGACGUGUGUGAAGAGUCGCUUGGCGUCAGCGCGGCGGCGGACCUGUACGACCACGCCGCCAAAGAUGACUCACCCACAGACUGGGCGCUCGGUGACGCAGACGGUAGCCUGCAGGCUUGGGGCGGCGACGACCCUAAAUCACACCACGUACCCACGACCAAGACCAAGAAGAAGACCAAGACCAAGCCAACGCUUGCUGAACGCGCUACAUCGCGACAGAAACACAGACCAUAUCAGUGCAAAAUAUGUAAAAAGCAAUUCGGUGACUUGAGAACGUCAAAUAGACAUAUACUAACACACACUGGCGAAAAACCAUUUGAAUGCGAAAUGUGUCAAAAAAAGUUUUCACGAAUAGAUAAAUUAAACGCGCAUAAACGAGUUCACACCGGUGAAAAACCAUAUCAGUGUGAAAUAUGUGACAAACAAUUCAGGGAUUUGAGUACUGUAAAGAGACAUAAGCUAAUAAUGCAUAAACUAAUACACACUGACGAAAAACCAUAUCAAUGCGAAAUGUGUCAAAAAAUGUUCUCACGAAUAGAUAGAUUAAACGCACAUAAACGAAUUCACACCGGAGAAAAACCGUAUCAAUGCCAAGUAUGUAACAAGCAAUUCAAUGAAUUGAGUAGUCUAAAGAGACAUAGGCUAAUACACACUGGUGAGAAACCCUAUCAGUGUGAAUUUUGUAAAAAGAAUUUCCGAGAAUUGAGUACUUUACAUAAUCAUAAACUAAUACACAGUGGUGAAAAACCACAUCAAUGUAAUAUAUGUAAGAAAACAUUUAGACAAUAUGGUCAAUUAGGCACGCAUAAACGCGGAGUCCAUAGCAGUGAGAAAUAUGUAAAAAGCGAUUCAGAUUCUUGAGUACAAUAUAUAAACAUAAGCGCGACCACACCGGCAAAAAAGGAUAAAAAUGUGAACUAUGAACUGAAAUAGAUAUCAAACACUAAAGAAAAUGUGACCAAGUCCACCGGUGGCCGAGGCGGGAACCGAACCCGCGUCUUCAGCUUAGUUUAUUAUUUAUACAUAGUAGUGUGACUACUUAAAAACACAAAUCAAUAUAUUUUCAUAAAAAUAUUUUGAUUUGUUCCCUAGUUGAAUGUGAACUAUGUAAAAACUAUUACAGUACAUA